AUGCCUCAGAUUAGGGUAAAGAAUGGACAUGCCAGUCGUACUCAUCGCUUAAAUGAUACCAUCAACGAAGCUACGAAUCAGAGGAAUUUGUUGAACUCCACCAAAACUACGGGAGGGGAUUGCGGUCCGUCGAUGGCCAGUCAGGGCGUAGCCGAGGUGAAACCAUCAGAGCCUAGCACGUCUUUCUCUAUGAAAAGAGGAGGGAUCAUAAAUGCAUCUCACCUGAAGCAGGUGCAGGCACAGGACUCAGUUUCGUCGGAUUUGGCGAGGUUUGAUGAAAGAUAUUCAUCCCUUCAAGUUGAGUCAAAAUGUUUAAGACAAAUAGCACAGCAUUGGCUACGCAAAUCGCAUGCGACUUCGGAAAUGAGGAAACCAAUGUGCGAAAAAUUCGAACUUGAAACAGUUGAUUCCACAAUUAAUUCUUCCCUUUUUGAUGACCCGCCCUAUGAAAGAGAUGAAAUAAGUUAUUCAGACCCCCCAAGUUGUUAUGGCGAAUCAGCCGCUGAAAAACAGAUCGGAAAACCACCUGAUAUCCAACGAAACAAUUCCACAAAUUACGAUUUCGGCAAAUAUCAACAAAGCGGAGACUCGUCGACAAAACCGCUAUGUACCGGUGGGUACGUUGAGACCGAUAGUUGGGAUGGCAUUGGAAAAAUUUGCCUUGGGUUUUGUGGUUUGUGUUCCAGACGCACAAAACACCAUCUUAGGUCUUCAAAACGUCAACCAAAUUUGAAGUCGGGCGACGAGAAAUCUGAGGUGUUUGAUGCUCCAACCAACAGAAACAUAGAAAGCACGAUUUCAAAUAAUUUCAAUUGUGUUACUCUAGGCACAGGUGAAGUGAAAAUGCUCUCUCAAACACAACCAGGACCGGAUUUUGAAAUAAACCAAGAGGCGACUUUAACAAAAGUGGAAGAUGAGAAAGAAAAAUCUUGCUGUCUCCCAUCGAAACUCCCGGGAUUGCAGUUAGACGAUUCAUACAGUAGCGGACCAGAAAGUGAACAACUCUGCAAACGCUUGGGAUGUCUUGGAACCAAGCAGGGAAUGAGUUUGCUAAGCAUUCACGAAGACGAUGACGACUGGUCCACCGUAAGUAUUAAGCCACCCCAAAAUCAGGCUUUAAAAAUGAAAAAUCGUAAUCAAACUGCUCGUUCUCCCCAGUCACUUCCCAAUGAUCAUGUUAGUAGGCCACAGACUUUGGAAUUGCAUGAGCAAUUCAACUGUUGUAACACCCACGCAGAUCCAUUGGUUUCUGACCGCCAGACAUCUUUGUUGCAAAAUGAGAUUUUGACGUUCAAUUCGCAGUCACUGGGACUAGUUCAUCCUUGCUACCUCAAUUCGACAGUGUCCACCCCCAGCAAUGUGUGCAAGGAUGAGGCGUCGGAGCAGUCCCAAACUUACGUUUGCCCCAAACCAAAUGUUUCGCUCCCUGAAUUAAGCGGUCACAGAACUAGAAGCAACACUUGCCACAAAAUUUCCAGUCUUAGCUCUUUUUUUGAUACGUUUCCCUGUGCAGAGACUAUGUGGCCUAACUCCGGUUCCCGUAAUUCAAAACCAUACGUGUUUGAGAAGACCUGCAAUGAAUCCGAAGCUUUAAGCCAAAGGACUUAUGUGAUCGCAAAAAUCGACCUCACUGAGUCGUGUGGACCGCAAACUUAUUCCAUUCCUUCAAACUCCCACUGCGAAGUGGAUGAUACUGUAAAAAAUGAGUGUUUAAAUCAGCACAAUAAUAAUGCAACGAACGAAGUCUCCCCAGGGACCGACUUUGCUCUUCCCGGAAUGGUUAAAAAACCUCCAUCAUUUCUCAGUCUGAUAAAAGAAGCUCGUGCUGCUAAUAUGGUUCCACCAAGCUUGUCAACACCCUCAUAUUCGUGGGAGAAGAAGGAAGCUCCCGAAAAUGACUAUAUGACUCUUCCAUCCCGACAGCCAAAGCGACAAAAACAAGUUGAUGAACUUGGGAAGGAAAUCACGCCCAAAAACGAAAUGGAAGGUGUUGUGGAAACGAACCCUGCCAUGCCUUCACCUCAGGUAAAUCAAAACAGCACAAACGAAACAAAAGCGCCUUCGUUACAGAGUGUUAUUGAAAAUAUGCAGAAGUUAAAAGCCACAGAGAUGCAAAUGAAGGUUAAAAAGGAAAAGGAGAGAAGUAAAAAAAUUGGCACUGAGUCUGAAAAGGCUCUAACUGCUAGUCAGGCUAUGGAAAAUACCAAAGGUUCACUAGUAGUUGACUACAAGGAACGCAGACGCUUACGACAACAGAAGGAGCUAGAGGAGGCACGAAAGGAAGUGAUCGAGGCAACCAGAAGUGCUCUCAAGGACCGGAUUGCAUUCAGCAAGAAGGAAGGCAAUAGCACCGCCUCUUUGGGAGUCAGUAAAACUCUGUUUUGCGGAUCCACGAAAGCAAUGUUUAGUCCCAAUGCAUCUUUGAGUAAUAUAGAAAAAGUCCCAGAAGAAGUGGAGGAAAAGGAAGUACCGAUAUCAGAAGCCGUAGUAGAAGAGUCCAAAACAGAACUGGCGCAUUGCCCAAUCCCUGUCGCUGAUGUGAGCCAAGAUGGUGUUGAGAAAGAUGGAGCUAGUAAAUGUGAACCCUUUAAAAGGGAAAUAGGGAGCAAGCCUCGGCGUGGCAAGAAAAUGAGAAAAAAGACCAAGCGGGUCAACGACGAAAAAAAUAUCAACCCACUAUCGCCUAGCAACAUGCAGCUUGUACCUGUGGAAAACACCCUAGUUAAAUCCUUUCCAAUUUUCCCCAGCAAUCGCAGCCAAACUUUUACUACAUUCAUAACCCCUGGGAAUUCAUGA